GAGGCUGCGCAUGGGCAGUAGCUGAAGCACCGCAAAGAUGGCGGAGGAAGGGGAAAGAAAAAAGAUCCCUUUGGUUCCAGAAAAUCUCCUGAAAAAGAGGAAGGCUUAUCAAGCCCUCAAAGCCACUCAGGCAAAGCAGGCACUUCUGGCAAAGAGAGAGCGAAAGGGGAAACAAUUCAGGUUUAGACGACUAGAAUCUUUCGUGCACGAUUCCUGGCGGCAGCAACGUGACAAGGUGCGUGUCCAGCGACUGGAAGUGAAGCCUCGUGCUUUGGAAGUGCCUGAUAAACAUUCCUUGGCCUUCGUCAUACGCAUGGAAAGGAUUGAAGGGGUGAGUUUGUUGGUAAAAAGCAUCAUCAUGAAACUCGGCCUGAAGAAACUGUUCAGUGGAGUCUUUGUCAAGGUCACCCCGGAGACUGUGAGGAUGCUGCGCACAGUGGAGCCUUACGUAACCUGGGGAUUUCCAAAUCUGAAGUCUGUCCGGGAACUCAUCUUGAAACGUGGACAAGCAAAGAUUAAUGAGAAGACUGUCCCUCUGACAGACAACACGGUGAUUGAGGAGCACCUGGGGAGAUUUGGUGUCAUUUGCCUGGAAGACCUCAUCCACGAAAUUGCCUUCCCUGGGAAGCAUUUCCAGGAGAUCUCUUCAUUCCUGUCCCCUUUCCACCUCUCUGUGGCCCGCCAUGCUAUGAAGAAUAGAGUGGGCUUCCUCAAGGAGAUGGGCUCACCUGGCUACCGGGGAGAACGGAUCAAUCAGCUCAUCCGGCAGCUCAACUAGAGCAGGUUUUCCAAAAGCACACAUUGGAAGUGUGUUGUUUAAAAUUACCAAGUAUCUUCAGAGAAGAUUAUUUCCUGCCUUCAAAAAUUGAAGUAAGGGGCCAGGAAAACAGCAGUAGGGUGUGAGCAUCGAAGACACUUGACACAGCCCCGGUCCGUGUUGGCUGCCCGUCUCUGAAAUCAACGCAGGCUGUGGAGGGAAGAGUUGUCCUGCUUCAUCUGCCUUUUGUAUUGAUGUUUAUUGUUGGGUGGGCAGCUAGCCCAAAUAUCCCUCCCAUCCCCCUCCAAGACUCUUAAAGCAGUGGGCCAGACCAAGGGCACACUUGAAUCUGGACGAAAUGGAUCUUGGUUUUACCUUUUAUUUUUGUCAGGGUAGGUCGUCUUGUAUUUUGUUUGGUUUGUUCAAGGCAGGAUCUCCCUGUAUAGUUCUGGGCUGGCCUUAAACUCCACAGUAGCCCUGCCUCCCCCUCUUCCUAGGUGGUGGGAUUAUAGGUAUAUAAGCCUGGGGGCUUGUUCCUCAGACAGACAAGGCAGUUAGAAAGGUGACAAAGGGCUUGCCAAUGUCUUGUGGUGUGAGGCUGUGUUGCAACUGCACUGUUCGCUUUGGAACCUCUCAGGCCUCUGUCCCUGGAUCUGUGUAACAGCAUUUGUACUCUGACCUGCAGUUACAGCCUUUCUUAUAGCUCAGGAUUUAGGAUAGGGAAUCACUAUGCUAGAAAAACAUACACACAUCCAUCCAUCCAUACAUUGUACUUGGAACUCCAUGACAGUGAUACACGCCAUCUUGGCACCCAGAAGUCUUUUCUGAGACUUAUUUUGUGCACAUUGGUCUAUUGAGGUAGUCUCAUUCUGUGCUACAGGAAGGGACUAAAGUUUAACCACUUGUUUUCUACUAAGAACUAGUGUUUGGCUGGACCUGGUGAUACAUACCUUUAGUCACAGCACUUGGGAGGCAGACGCAGGCAGAGAUCUGAGUUCAAGGCUAGGCAAGCCUGCUUUACAGAGUUCCAGGAUACCCAGGGCUACACACAGAAAAUGUUAAAGACAAAAACCAACGCAGUGAUAAGACCGUUGUUUUCUAAACCACGUGUACCCAGGAAGUGCCCACUGAAUUUUGAGCUCGGCUUAAUGAUUCCCCUGUCUAUCCUGUCCUUAAAACCCACACCAGAGCUCCACACUCUUAACCAGUGCUUGCCUUGAGCUUUCCUGUACCUUUGGCUUCAUGGGCCCCGGUAAAACGUGGCUGUGAAGCUGAGUCGGAUAUCCGGCAGGGCCAGCCCAUGGAGAGUGAUGCUGGCCUUUAGUUACAGCACUACAGAGGCUGGGAAGUGAGGUGACCAAAAGUGCAUUGCAGUCUAGGAGAAACAGUGGCUAUUGAACAUUCUGAGAUAGAAGUCCUGUAUUUUAGUAAGUUAGCACUGUACUGUUGGGAGUACUGCCUACUGUGUGAUAGGCCCUGGAUGAGCUGAGCUAAGGCUUCUAUUUUCUGGCUUGCUCAGAAUCUAAAGCAAGUUUUUUUCUGUAUAGUAAAAGAUUAUUUUUAAGAUAUA